UUUGCUUUUGUCUUCCAGGCUCUAACCAGAGAGAUACACCAUAGCAUACAAGAGCUGAGAAUAAAAGUCAAAGAGGCAAAAAAAUGGAAGAAGGAAGGGCAUGUAAAAAAGGCCUUUCCCAAGAGUCUGUUCAGUUGGCAGCAUCUAUCCUUAAUGUUUCAACAACGGAUCUUGAGGAGAUAUUAGAAGUAGAAGAUGAUGAGGAAACAGCAAAGGCAAAAAUGGAAUCUGAAAAAGACAAAGAAUGGCUGCUCUGUAUACAGAAACUUCUUGAAGCACAGUUUCCUUUUGCCUCGUAUUUACUGGAUGCCAUACUGGCAAAAUUAAAUGAAAAGAAGAAACUCGGAGAAGAGUAUAGUUCUCUCAUGAAACACAGUGUAACAUAGGAAUCUUCAAAAAGGGUGACUAAAAUGUGUGCUGUCUUACAACGCUUUUCCUCUUCACAUAAAGAACUGUCAAUAGGCAUGUUUAAAACAUAAAAAGAAGCUGUGAACUAAUUAAUUGUUGAACAAGAGGAAUUAAUUAUGUUCCUGUUUACAAAGAAGUGUAGUGUUUCAUUCUUGAAGACAAAAAUUGCUGCACAUCAAUACAAAGUUAAACAUUAAUUUCCUUUAAAUGCUUUGGCAGUGCAUAGCAGCAUGAGCUUUGUAGAGAGAGGAUGUUUUUUAUAUGGCCAAUACAAAUCCGUACAAUUCAGUAAUACAGAAAACAGCCAAGUAACUCCUGAUUGUACUGGUCAGAAUGGUAGAAUUAGGAUUUACGAAGAAUAUGAGAACGUAAUUGCCAUUUUGAAUACCUUAUUUCAGCUUCUUUAUAAAUGCCAAGUUUACGAUAUAUGCCACAUAAAAUUAUAUGCACUCUCUCUGUCAGUAAAUGAAUGAUUGUUGAAGAAAACCUGUACAAUGCAGAGUAAUAGUCCUCAGAAAAGUUGUAUUUUCUUCUAAGUUGGAUGACACUGUGUGCAAUGAAUUUAAUUAUAUUUUUAAAAGUUCGCUACAAUAAAGUUAUUUCCAAUGUG